AUGUAUACAACCACAAUCACUGCCACCGUACUGGCUACGGCUGCUUUGAUUUCUACUACUUUCGCAUCGCCGAUCCUAGAGACACGAUCUGUCGCAAAACGAGGAUUCACACCCCCGAAGCUUGUCAGCUACUGGGGUAAUGGAUUCGAUCAAAUAAGACUGGGCGACUUCUGCGCAAACACCACUCUGGAUGUGAUUCCUGUUGGUUUCGUCAACUCUUUCCCCGAUGAGGGGGGCAACAAUGGAUAUCCCGGUACCAACUACGCCAAUGCUUGUGGCGCCGCCUUCUGGGUUGCCCCCGAUGGGACUCAGACAAAGAUGUUUACCUCAUGCUGGCAGAUCGAGGAGGAUAUUCCCAAAUGCCAGGCUCUCGGAAAGAAAGUCCUGGCUUCCAUCGGAGGCCACGCCCCCAACAAUAAAAUCACCUCCAAGGACUCCGCCAUAAAAUUCGCUGACUUCCUUUGGGGUUCGUUCGGUCCUCUUCAAGACCCAGAUCUUAUUCAGUUUCCUCGACCUUUUGGAAAGAGUGUUGUUGUUGAUGGUUUCGAUCUGGAUAUCGAAAACGGUGGUGGAUUUGGUUAUGCCGACUUGGUCAAUGAGCUCCGACGACUUUCUGGACCAAAGCCACUCAUCAUCUCUGCUGCUCCCCAAUGCUUCACCAACGACCCUCAGUUGAGUGACGCGAUCCAGAACUCCAUCAUUGACUAUGUCUGGGUUCAAUACUACAACACUGAUGCAUGCUCUGCCGCAUCGCUAUUCAACGCCGCAGGAACUUUGAACAAAAACACUGAUGUCUCCUUUGGAUGGGUUGACUGGCUGAAGACUAACUCCAAGAACAAGAACAUCCAGCUCUAUUUGGGACUGCCUGCUUCCCCAGCCGCCGCCAAUCCUGGUUUCUACAUUGACCUGAAAAAGACGACAGCUUUGCUCGAGGAAUUCUCAUGCAACCCCAGAUAUCAGGGCAUCUUUGGUGGUGUCAUGCUUUGGGAAGCCACCGAAUCGGCCAGAAAUACUCAAGCCAAUGGUUUGCCCUUUGCUGAUAAUGUUAAGGCAGCAUUCGGCAGAUUGUCCUGCCUUCCUGUUGUUACUACAACCACAACCACUACAUCGACAACCACUACCACAACGACGACGUCGACAACGACAACCACUACCACAACGUCGACAACAACAACCACUACAACCACUACAACCACUACUCCUGCUGCUCCUUCUACUACCACGACAACCUGGACAACAACUGAUUUCCCUCACGGACCUCAUCCAACCACGACAACAGAGGCUCCAGUCACGACAUCGACGUCGACCACAACAUCUCCUGCUGCUCCAGUGACCACCACCACGACCACAAGCUCUUGGAGCCGUCCUCAUGGACCUGGUGAUGAGACGACAAGCACCACCACCUCUGCAGCUCCAGCCACGACCACCACUACCACGAGCUCUUACACUCGCCCUCACGGACCUGGCGAGCAGACCACAAGCAGCACCACCAGCUCUGCUGCACCAGUGACCACAUCCACCACCACCGCCGCUCCGGGCACCACCUCCACCAGCUCCUACAGCCAUCCUCAUGGACCUGGCGGUGAAACCUCGAGCACAACCUCUCCUGCUGCCCCCGGAACCACCACAACCAGCACCUCCAGUCGUCCCCACGGACCCGGCGAGUGGACCUCGAGCAGCACCACCACCACCUCCAAGGUUGUUGGCCCAGUGACCACCUCAUCCAGUAGCACCAACAACCCAUGGGAGGACUGGACCUCAUCCUCAGUCUCACCUAUCACCACCACGACCACCACUCGAGGACACUGGGGCACAACCAGCAAGCCCGUCGACCCAGCGCAGACGAGCAGCACCAGCAGCAUCAACGAGCCAUGGCUAGACUGGACUUCCAGCACGACGGUGGCGCCAGUAACGACAAGCAAGCCUCACGGCCCAACUGUGACGACCACAAUCUGGACCACCCACUACACAGACUGGGACCACACCACCUUCGUGACAAGGACCUACACUGCGACCACAACACUGACGGUCUACCCGGGCACCACGGCCGCUCCAUGGGUGUGGCCCGUUGACUCGAACGGCUGCCCGCACGGCUUCACAACCACGAUCGUGACCAUCGCCCAGCCCCCGGUCACAUCGACGGUGACGCUGACAAUCCCCAUCCCGACUGGCGCGCCCGCCGCCACACCCUACACCGUAUGGCCCAGCCCAGCCGCCGCGCCGACCGCGCCCGCCGCUCCCCACGUCUUCGCACCCAGCUCCAGCGCCACCGCCGUGACCGUUGCACCCGUGGGCUCGAACCCCUUUGCGCCGGCCAGCCCCGCCGCCACCUCAGCCACCGGCGUCAAGCCCGCUAACGUCGCCACCUUCACCGGUGCCGCUGCCCAGGCUCAGCUCCCUGGCACGGUCAUGAGCGUGGCUGUGUGCUUGGCUGUCGCUGUUGCUGGACUGUUGUUUUAG